AUGCCACUAAUUGCUACCCAACUUGAUGUAUUUGCGCUACCGCAAGCUCCGCGUUAUGCAGCAAAACCAACUGUGCCACCCGAAUACAAGAAAUAUUUCGAGCUGGAAGACCAUGCACGUGGCCUUGUUGAAAGUGUUAUUGGUCCAAGACCAGGUGGCUUUUUCCCACCAAAAAGUUACGAAAUUGGUCGUCCUGCACGAGACAACUCAGAAAAUAAUAAUGCCGCACUGAAUGAGGUUGAACGUUCCCUGGAACAGUUUCUCAGUGCGCCAGCAGGAUUCUCUCAACAACUACCACCUGGUUUUAACCAAGGUUUCUCGGUUGCUAACAGCGGUAGCCCCAUUGCAUCAUUUUCAAAUGUCCGCAAACACCCGGGAAUGCAACCGAGAGAGACAGCGGAUGAAGAAAUUGAAGGAUCAGGUGAUAAUAUGUAUUCAUCUAUAAGCGGUAUACCCAAUGUUUUUCCUGAUUUAGCUAGACCACCGGUUGAACUAAUACGUCCUCAUUUACGACAGAUAGCUACAGAGCAGAUGCCACUAAUACCAAAGAUUGAAUCACAACCCGAGGUUCCUGAUGGAGGUUUUGGGCCUAACGAGAAUGAGAUCCGUCUUGCUUCACUCUCCAACAAAGAAAGUAAUGACGAAGGCAUCGAAAAUGCAGAAUACGGUGCACUAACGGACGACUCUUCAUCGUCGGGUGGUCUAAUCGGUACAAUAGUCAAUUUAAUCGGUUUGAACAGCAAAAAAAGUAAGUUUGAACCUGACACACGGAUUUUAACGAAAGCAGUUGGUAAUUUGAUUGGGGGUGAGAACAGCCCGAUUCCGGCUAAAAACAUGAUUGCUGAUGUUCUCUACAAAGCACUCACUAGUGGAUCUGUUCAGACGAAUCAAAGUGACGAAAAUCCUGAGACCAAGUUAAAAUCACUGACGCUUACCCCUGCACAGCAAGCUGUGAUCGGUGAAAAUUUGGAAAUGAUUCAAAACCUAAUAACUCAACCGUCGUCUCCACUCUGUAAUCCAAAACCGAUUCCCAUUGAAGAAUUUGAUGUAGAUGCAUUUAUGGGUCAAUGGUAUCAGGUCAUGUAUAGUCCGCCAUUGGCAACGGGACCGUGCAGUAUGGUUGCAUAUAAAAAGUUAGCAGAUGUAAAUGAUGGCGGAGUUGGAACGAUAUUUGAAGUGUUUGAAUACACUACAGAUGGUACACCAUAUGUUAAGCCACGGAUCAGCUCUGGCUAUGCAAUUGUUAAACAAGCUGGAGAAUUAAUUUAUCGUACGACUAGUUAUCAAGAUGAUGUCAGCGUUCAUAUAAUUCACGCCGGUCCAUUAAAUGAAGCCGGACAAUACAGCUUCACAAUACUUUCAACGAACUGCAACUAUCCAUUAUAUGUAUUUGCUCGUGAUCCUGUUGUCUACAAGCAGCGUUAUGAAACGACUGUGAAUCAAAUCCUUGAACGGAAAGGAUUAAUCAAUGGAUUUUCUCGCUUGUUGAACAUUUUUGCACCAGUGGAUAAUUCGGUGUGCACAUUUCCACCGAGUCUGUUUAACAUUCAUGGAUAA